UUUUAUUUUAACUUCAACUCAUCGCCAUUUUGUAACAAACGAUAAAAUCGACAAUCGGCAAUCGUCACCGACAAACCACUACUGUUAGCUUAAAAACACCAUUUUGUUUUUUUGUUUCAGAUGGAUCGUUUAGACGGGACAGUGGUCAAGCAAAAUGCGUUUCCAAACCUCAAUGUGUAUCGGCGGCCAUAUUUCUGCUUUCCGUCGCCAUUGUUUAAUAAAAAAAUUUUUUUAUAUUGUCGAAACAUAAGUCAAUUAUCAAACAAAAUUUUAUUUAAUUUCCACUACCCAUUUAGGAGGAAUAAAAUAUCAAAGUUAGGCCUGUUUUUCGACCGUGUAGGUUGGUAUAACCCCUUAAUCUAAUAGUGUCAGAUUAAAUCCGACGAGAUCUGAUUCGACCAGCUGCUCAACUUUGUAGGCCAAAAAUGGUCAGAUCUGGUGAGAUCGGAGUUUAACAUAUCUGGCUGGAUCUGAUCAUAUCUGACUGUGCAGACUUGACGAGAUAAAAUUGUAUCCAAUCAAAUCUGAGUCUAUUUGAAUUUUAGAUCUGGUUGUAUCUCAUUUUAUCAAAGCAGACAUAAUCAGAUCUUCUCCAUUUUUUCCCGGGUUACCUAAGGAGGACCAAAAUCAAUGAUCGAAACAUCGUAUAAUUAAUAAAACGAUUUUUGCCAGAAAGUCGAGUUACAUUAUCAAUUUAAUCAUAUAAAUUUAAAGUUUAUUGUAAACUAGAAUUAAGGAAUAAGCAACUUCAGUUUUUUCUAAAAGAAUUUAACAAAAAUAAUUUUAAUUCUUUUCUAAAAAAAGUUUUAACAAGAGUACACAUGACAUAAGUUUUUAUAUUUAAACGAUAUAUUGAUAAUUUAACAUAUUACCAAAUUAUUAUUUUGGCAUAACACAUAUAUACUGUUUUUCAAAUCUUUGAAUAUUCACGUAACAGUUACUUCAUUGACAUUAGUCGGUCGAGUAUUGACAUUCUGGCCGAGAAAUGAGAAAUGUCGUUGAUGUGCAAAUAAUGAAUAGGUAACAUCCAUUCACGAUUAACUGCACAUCGUACAUAGUCAACGCAUGCACAUCGGCAAUGUCAUCGUCUGUUUAUUUAUGUUCAAUCAUACUCCUGCAAUCAAAAUUCAGCGUAUGAGUAAUCAAAACAGCAUAUCUCCAUUAUAUCAUUUGUGUAUUCUAAUUAAAAAAUAAUAAAAAAAGUAUAUGCAGAUUCAUAUACUGACAUAUUUAAUAUAAAUACGCAUAUAUUACCUCAUUGUAACGCGCGCGCUAGCGGGUGUGUGUGUGUGUGUGUGUGUGUGUGCGUGUAAAGUGUGUGCAAGUGUGAUACAUGUUACACAUAUAAGAAUUGAUUAAAUCUACAAAUGUGCUUAUAUAGUAUUACAUUUAAUUAAAAAUUAUCUAAUUUAUUGUCAUUUUAAUGAAUAAAAAAUGUUUUAAAUUAGAGAAACUACACUAGAAAGAGUGCAACAGUAUCUACAAUAAAUCACGAAUCAAGACAUUUGGUAAACGAUACAGAUUAAACAUCCGGUCAUAUAUUGAACAUAAAAUCGAUAUUGAUAUCGAGCGAAAACGAGGAGUCAGUCAUGUAGCUCGAUAGAAUUCUCUCGAAUCGAUUUGAAUCAAUAUCUGUCCCAUCUGUGGAUGACAAUUGGAGAAUAGUGAUAGCUCUUGGACAACGUCACUUAUCACGUUCGUUAUACGAAAAUGACAUCGACAUUAACUUCCGAAGUCAAUGAUGGUAGGAUCCACCGAUUAAAUCAGCAUAUUGCUGCCUUCGUAACUUCUCUGGGCGGUUUUGCCCUCGGUGUCACACUUGGAUGGAAUUCUAGCGCUGGAAAAGUUCUUCGAAACAUCUUGAACGCUAGCGGUACCGAAAUUGGCCUUGUCGGUGGUAUCUUAAAUGCCGGUGCUUGUGUCGGCAUGAUAUUUAUGCCUCUUUUUAUCAAGUAUUUUAAUCGUAUCACAGCCAUGUCCUUGACUAUACCAGGAUUCAUUGUCGGAUGGACAUUCAUUUGCAGUGCUGGUCAAAAAAUUUCGCUCCUUAUAAUUGGCCGAUUUAUAUGUGGCGUAAGCGGUGGCGCAUUUUGUAUUUUGACACCGAUUUACAUCGCAGAAAUCGCAGAUCAGAAUUCACGAGGACGACUUCUCAUGUACUUCCAUCUUUUAAUCAAUUGCGGAAUUAUGUAUGCCUUUGUAAUCGCCCACCUGUUAAACGAACACGAUGUUAUAUGGAGUCCUUUGGGUUAUCUUAUGAAAAAUAACGAAAUAAAGGCGAAGGAUUCUCUAAAAUGGUACCGCGGUGAAACUUAUAAAGAUAACGUUGAAAUGAAAGAAUUGAAGUAUCUCGUAAACCAUUCAAAAAAGAUUACAAUAAAUGUUUUAAAAAACCGACACGUCGCAAAUGCUUUCUUGACGUGCUUCUUUGCGUUCUUAACCUAUCAAUUAAGUGGUAUUAAUAUUACAAUUUUUUAUGCAUUGACACUUUUCAAUGUUGGUGGAUCGGGAGAUUUAACAGCAAGCGAACAAACCGUCCUUAUUGGUGGAGUGCAAAUAUUAUCUUGUUUUCUAGCAAUGGGUCUGAUAGAUAUAGUUGGACGACGAAUAUUGUUAACUGUAUCCUCGACAUUUAUGGGAAUAUUCCUGAUACUGUUAGGAUGGUUUUAUAAAUUGAGAGAUCAAGAUCCAGAAUAUGAUGAUAUUUUUUUUUGGAUGCCGCCGGCUUGGAUGAUCCUUUUUUUCAUUGCUUUUAACAUUGGCGUCGGACCAAUUUCGUGGACACUGUUAGGCGAUAUCUUUCCUAUGCAAAUCAGAGAGACUGCUAUUGCAUGUGCAGUCGCUUUUAAUUGGCUGCUAUCUCUGAUAGUAACAAUGACAUUUGGGGAAAUGGUAAAUACUCUCGGUAUAUCAAAGACUAUGUGGCUUUUUGCUGGAUUUUGUUGGAUAGCUGGAGCUUUUUACGCCUUAAUUGUAAAGGAUACUCGCAGUCACAGUCUGGUUAAAAUACAGAAGAGCUUUGACAUUGAAGAUGAACAAGUAGAAAUAAACAGUAUAGAACAAACUUGAGGUAUGGUUGCAAUGAUGUGAAUAUCUCGGUAAUAUUAAAGAGCAGUUUUACUAAAAGAUAAAUAUUUUCUGAUAUGUGCUGUACAAUAAUGAUUUAAUAGCACUUUUCUAUUUUUGUAGUAUUUAAAAAAUUUAGCCAUUAUUUGUUUAGCAUUUAAAAAAUAAUUCGAUAAGUCGAUCAAUUAGCUUCGUUGUAGUUGCUACAUAGAGGACAACGUAGCCAAAAAAGUUGUGUUUCAAGCGAUUUGUGUAUUGAAUAAAUCUAUCACUCUUAUUAUCAGUCAUUAAAUAAAUCAGUCAUUAUAUAAAUAAUCCGGAAAGAAAAUGAAAAAUUAUUACUGAAUGAAUAAAGAAUUAUCUCUUUUCGCAAUCGUGAAAUAUUGAAUGUGGCAUUUACAUUAACUGCUCGUAAGUUCAGAUACUGCCGUAUUUUGUAUUGGCCAAAAAUAUCUUUAACGGAUGUAUCAGCUUUCUCAUUUCAGUUCCAUAAUUUCAGUUUUUUUUAUAGAAAAAGUAA